CUGGACAAGAUGGCGACCAGCAACGGCGGCGGAAUGGAAGUAGACGGGGCAGCGAGCCCCAGUGUGAUGGCCUCAGGGAUGACCGGCAGUGUCUCCGUGGCUUUGCAUCCUCUUGUCAUCCUCAACAUAUCCGACCACUGGAUACGUAUCCGCUCACAAGAGGGCCGACCGAUGCAAGUCAUCGGCGCUCUCAUCGGGAAGCAGGAGGGCCGAAACAUCGAGGUGAUGAACUCUUUUGAGCUGCUCUCACACACCAUCGAUGACAAAGUGCACAUUGACAAGGAGUACUACUACACCAAGGAGGAGCAAUUCAAACAGGUGUUCAAAGACAUGGAGUUCUUGGGCUGGUACACCACCGGCGGGCCACCGGACCAGUCUGACAUCCACAUUCACAAACAGGUGUGUGAGAUCAUCGAGAGCCCGCUCUUCCUCAAGCUCAACCCGAUGACCAAACACACUGAUCUGCCCGUUAGCGUUUAUGAGUCCGUCAUUGACAUCAUCAGCGGCGAGGCCACCAUGCUGUUUGCCGAGCUGAACUACACCCUCGCUACGGAGGAGGCCGAGAGGAUAGGCGUGGACCACGUGGCCCGCAUGACGGCCACCGGCACGGGCGAGAACUCCACAGUCGCUGAGCACCUUAUAGCCCAGCACAGCGCCAUCAAGAUGCUGCACAGUCGCGUGAAGAUCAUCCUGGAGUACGUCAAAGCGGUGGAAGCAGGAGAGGUUCCCUUUAACCACGAGAUCCUGCGAGAAGCUAACGCCCUGUGCCACAGACUGCCGGUCCUCAGCACCAUCAAGUUUAAAACAGACUUCUAUGAUCAAUGCAACGACGUGGGCCUCAUGGCCUACUUGGGCACCAUCACCAAGUCAUGCAACAGCAUGAACCAGUUCAUCAACAAGUUCAACGUCCUCUAUGACCGACAGGGCAUCGGCCGCAGGAUGCGAGGACUCUUUUUCUGAUUCUGAAGGCUUUUUUUUGGUUUAUUUUUGUUAUCAAGACACCGACAAGUGUAGGCCAAAGCACCUUGCGACACCAGUAAACAAACCAAGGCUCUCACCACUGGAAAUGAACAUUUUACCCGUUUUUGUUGAAUUCUAAUUUGAUCGUUAUGUAUGUAAUAAAAUGUUUACUGUUAUUGUUUUUC